AAGUGGACAAGCUAGACUCAACAAAAGACACUUCAAGGGAAUCACCAAUAAACCAAAUUCGCCUCUAUGGCGAGCAGUGGCCGAAAAAGGCGACUCGUUUCGUCUUUGGACGGGGAGGUUUUAGAGCGACUGUCCAUGAAACUAAACCCGAGAAUGCUUUUGAAGGACUAUCAGUCCCUAGCGGGCCGCCUCAAAUAUACGUAUGAGUUUAUACGGAAUUUCGCACGCGAGAGAGAUCCUACGUUGGCUUUGCUUCAGCAUUGGUGGUCUUCAAAACGGGGCAAGGAAAAGACAGUCACUAUCUUGCUAGAGCUUUUAUCUGAUAUGGAAAGAGACGAUUGUGUUGACCUGUUACGGCCUUAUGAAUUCUACAGUAAGUAAGCUUCUUUGUAGUAUUUUGAAAUGCGUUUCACUACUUUUUAAGAUGUUAAAGCUAUUCGCUACCUAUAUCGGUUUUCGGUCAAUGUUAUUCGAACGUUUAUUCACUGUACACGCCAUCUGAAGACGUUACAGAACUGGAUAUAUUCGAAAUUAACAUGCCACAAGACCCAAAAUCGACAUGGUGUGUAGGUCUAGGACGUGUCAUGACAUGCAGAAGCUUAUUACAAUUACUGCAUAUGUAUGUUUGUUUAUUGAAAGAUUAACUCUGCGUUUUUUACUACGUCUUGUAGUAAGCAACACUUAAAAACCUCUGCGUCAGUAUUUCAAAGAAAAAUCCCUGUGUAGAUUAGCUGGAAUAGCGAUUUCUAGGUUACUAACAUAUGCUAUACACCGCGUCUUAUCAAGAUUUAAGCUUGUCAAAAAUCUAUUGAUAAAUAAUUUUAUAGUAGAUAUGAAUUUGCGGCAUUUUUUGCCGCAUUUUUGUGGCUUUAAGUAAAUAUAUUUUACGAUACGAAUUGAAUUAAAGGACGGUUUUAUAUAGCUAGGGUUAACUGUCCAUUUGCUGGUGAUAUUUGGAAUAUUUUAAUUGUAGUAUUUUGGUAAUGUAAUCAUAUACGGUGUUAUGUUUUGAUGUGUUACAUGAAGUUAAUUUUAGUUAUUGAUAACACAUUAUCACAGGCUAAGAUUACAUGUUAGAUGCAUUUGCUUAUUGAAUACUUUAACUAUUAAGUUACUUGAAAAGCAAACUUCGUGCCAACAAGAUACACCAGUGUAAAAUUUACGAUCCACAGUGCUCACAUGUACACAUAGCUUAAUCAGUUUAAUCAUAUAUUUAUAUAAACAUCCAACCAUUUCGCCUAAAGCAAGCCCGUUUCGAGACAGCUUAAACAUAAUAGAGAAUGGCUUUUAUCAAAUGCUCUUGUCAAAUGGAGUUUUUACACAUAAAAUUUCGCAAUAAACCUAGUGUUUUCUUAAUGGCUCAGAUUCAUGCGUAUUUUUCUACGAAUGGUCAAUCAUAAUAUUUUGUUUAUUUUUGAACACAUACUUGGCUGAGUUCCAGAUGUAACUAAAUGUGGCAAAAUUAUGUUCUAAUUGAUUGAAUAGUAAUGUAACAUGGACAUUUAGUUUUGAAAUUUUCCGAAAUUCCAAGCUUCAUUCUCCUAGAUAUUAAGCAUUGUCUUUGUUAUUUUAAUGUCAUGGGGGGCAACGUCCUUAUAAAAGAUGCCAAAGGCUGUGUAUUGUUUUGAGAAAACAUUAGUUGGCUAUCAAUGUCCCUAUAGCCCCUGUCAAACCGUGGGCAAAUGCACAGUAAACAUUAGAUAAAACAUUCUUAGUAUGAUGAUAUUGGCCUUGCAGUCUUUCACCUUAUAAUACACUGGGCAUUGAAGUAUAUUAUUUUUUCUUUUGAAUAGGUAUAAACAUUAUAUUGAGGCAUUAUUAACAAAGCCUUUUAGAAACAAAAAGAUUUAGGAAAAUUGUUUGUCAAAAUUGAAUUGUCGGAUUUAAAAUUUUCGAAUAUGGUGUUCAUAGCUGGACAGUUCAAAUGAGGAAGGACCCACUUAAGCUGUCGUGGUUUGUGUCUGAACUACAUGACAAAAGAUUGUAAACACUUCAAACUUUAGGAAGAAUGCCCUUAAGUAAAGGUCAGUGUAGUUGUUUUUGGGUUGUUCAACACAAACAACAGCAGCUUAUUGUAGAAUAUUAUCUACACUGGACCUCCACGAUUAAGAUUUUAUUUUCAGUUAGUCCAGACACAAAACCCCAUUUAUGAGGCUGCUUAUAAUAGAAUUCUACAGGGAGAUAACUGUGGAUUGCAGGGGAUACAAGUACAACUGCCUGAAAAGUACAAGCAGAACUUCGAUGUUUCGAACGAAGGCCCUUUGUGCCCUUGGUCGGAAGUUUGCAACCCUUGUACUGUACAUAGACAAUUUGAGACUACUACAACUACUACAGUAUUGACAACGGAUCCCACAUUUGAGAUAUAACUUUUCACGUACUGUAGUACCAUGAUGGCUAUCAUGUUGUAUAUGAUAGCCUGUUGUACAUUGGUACUACCUACACUGGUACAGACAGUUGUUGUAUAAUACUACCUACUGUACAUUUGACUUCCACAUUUGAGAUAUCGCUUGGUCAUUCAGACGCAAACUACAGUAGUUUAUUGUACUAUACUACCUACACUAGACCUCCACAUUUGGGGUAUUGUCAAGGGACUACUCAUGCUAUUUUUACAGUACAGUAUGCCUAAUAUUAGAUACAAUUUCCACAAGAGCGUGCCCUUGUCCAAUUUGUGCACACCUUGCCCCUUAAAAAGUCUAGCAAGCACUUGUGAACAAGGGUGCAUUAGGACCCUUCACUUUUGUGAAUGAAAUACUUCAAUGGUGAAAGGAAUUAACCAUGGCAACUUAUUAUAAUGUGUGGGCACAGGGUGUGCAUAUAUAUACCGAUAGUCGUAGCUAGGGGUGACCCUGGACCCCCACACACAACCACACACUUCUUUCCUACAAUGUGAAUGAUAUGUGGGGUAUAUAACUACAGUAACAGAUAUAUAACUACUGUCACAGAACCUUGAAAUAAUGAUCGGACAUUUUCUGACCAAAUCCCAGUUUUUCCUUCCAAAUGCCGGUCAUUUUGUCCGGACAAAAAAUAACAAUCAACCUUCUUGCAAGACUAUUAACCUGCUUGCAAUCAUCCUGCAAAGAGCAUUAAAUGUAGUGUUUGGCAUAAAGUAUUAUUUGUAUAUUGGCUUACCCAAUGAAGGCAUGAAAUCAAAAUGGAAUCGAAAAAAUGGCCCGACCAAAUUUAAAAGUUUCCAUCAAAUGUUAUUUCGGUGGAACAUUUAUCUGGACAUGUUUGAUAUUUUAACACACACACAUAGACAGACAAAAGCACAGAUAAAAACAUUAUAGAUUCCUUUUCACUACCAGUAUGCCUCUGUCCAUCUCACGGUGAAACAAUAAUGUUAAUACUUUUGUUAUUUAAUUGUACUUUCAGUGUCACACGAAGCGUCAGAGUUAGAUGAAAGACCGGUUAUUGCUGGGGCAACAGGUAAUUAUUUUCAUUGUAUUGUAGAGUGAGGCGGUUCCAUGUAUAGUAAAAACUAAAAACUAAAAUCCAUCUGGAAAAGAAACAUGACAAAGAAUUUUUGUAACUUUGAAUAUUUUGCGAUGAGUUUUAUACUGUUUUUGUAUCAAACUGCCUUCGCAGACAGCUGCCUUCUAUCGAACCAUGGACAAUAAAAUAAAUGGAUAGGAAACUAGCUGACGUGACCUACUGUUUUCAAUGGGCUGAUGGCGACUGAUUGGAUGUUGAAACCUAGUUGCAAACCAAAUUCUCAAAAACGGCUUGUUUAGCAAUAAUACAGCUAAAAAUUUUAGUCAAAGAGCAAAUGAAUAUAACCACGCCAUUCUACGAUGAAAUCUCUAAGUAUUCCCAGUCAAUUUUAGCAAAUAUUUCAAGCACUAGUAAACAGUGAAAAAGGCAUCCCAAAUUUUGUUAAAAUUGGGGACGCCAAUUUCGUAGCUACAAAUGUAAAAAAAUACAAAACAAAGACGAAAAACGUUUAUCUUGAAUACUUUGUCGUGGCUUAGGCAUGUUUUUAAAACAAUUAGACCAGUAUAUGCUUCAAUAUUACUCUUUUAAAGCGGAAAGUAUAGCGAAACAACAAAAAUGCCGAGAACUUUGCAAUAUGCGUGACGUCACAGAUUGCAACUAGGUUGUUUUUGCUUACGUCAGCUAGAGUCCUAUCCAUUUAUUUUAUUAUCCAUGAUCGAACUAAUCAAGCAUGUAAUCCUUUUAUCUGCUUAUAGCUUCAAUGCUUUGCAAUUUUGCACAAAUGUAUGGAAUUACUGCCAUUUUGUUGCAAUAUUACUCAGUUUCGCACAGCUUUUUGCUAAUGUUUUUUGUCUGGAACAACAUUUAGUUGAAUCGGUUUUCAAAAAACAUCAGGUUUUUUCAGAUGCUGUUUCAUUCAGCUUCUGAAACUUGUGCAUUCCAUAUCGGAUAGGUGCUUUUUUGAGCUGCUACAGAAAGCUAUCCUGUAUAGUGUAAAUGUAGCGUAAUGUCUAUAUUGCUAUUUGCUUUACUAUAGACCAAAAUGUUAACCCAUACAAUCCAUAUUUUCCUGCACGAGAUGACCAUCAAGGGCAGGCAGGUCAGCUUGGGACAGCUAAACCAGGUCAGUAAGUCUAUAUUUAUUGUUUUUCAACAAGUUGCAUUUGCAGGCAUGUCGGUGUAGAAACAUUUUGGAAACUCAAGG